AUUAGAGAGUUAUUUUUAAUUAGCUCCAAUUAAUCAACUCCUUUUUUUAUAUACCAAACUUAGCCUAAUAAUUCAUCAAGAGUCAAGACGCAAUACUUCUUAUAUAUGGAGUAUAUAUAUUACUUAAUUAUUUAGCUUUUUCGAUCUCGAUAUAUAUAUAUAUAUAUAUAUAUAUAUAUAUAUCUUAAUUAUUUAGCUUUUUCUCCUCAGAGGUUGAAGUUAAUUUAUAUACAUAGAAAAGGAGUGAAAAAAAUGGUGGAAAGAGAGAUCUGUGUUGACUUAAACAUCACCCCUUUGGAUGAAGAAGAAGAAGAUGAUUAUCAUAUGGAUCCAAAAACCAUUUGGAGCUCAUCAAGUAACGACGACGACCAUGCCAUUGGUGAUGGCGAUCAUGAUCAUGCAGAGAAGAUGAAGAUGAAGAUGAAGAUGAAGAUGAAGAAGGGAGAGAUGAUGACGGUGACGAGGAUGAUGAGCUCAUCAUUAUCAUCAUCGCCGACGUCGUCCUCUUCCUCGAGCAACAACACAAGUAGCGGGGUAGUCGUACGCCAAUACGUGAGAUCGAAGGUUCCGAGGUUAAGGUGGACCCCUCAUCUCCACCAUUGCUUCGUCCAAGCCGUGCAACGCCUCGGCGGCCACGAAAGGGCAACGCCUAAGAUGGUUUUGAAGCUAAUGAACGUAAAGGGACUAAGCAUUUCUCAUGUCAAGAGCCACUUGCAGAUGUACAGGAGCAAGAAUGUUGAUCAUGCUGAUGAGCAGCACGGCCAUGUGAUGAAAGAGGGAGCAGUCUACAACUUCUGGCAAUUGCCUGCAGCCUUUGAUCAAAGAAUAAUGAGAUCCUUCAGGAGGUGGCCAUAUGAUAAUUCUUGGAGCAGUAUUAGUGUAAACUACUGGAUGUCUACAAGGAACAACAUGAUAAUGAAUAGAGUGAAGAACAAGUUGAUGAUCUUCAAAACCCCAAUGUGGGGAAGUAUCACACACCAAGAUGAACUUGUUCAUACAAUGCCAUCACUACAUGAUGAUCAUGAUCAUGAUCACUUACAAGGACCAUGUUUAGUGAACAAAAAUAAUAAUGGACUUUCUUAUUAUUGUUCUCCGCUAUUCGCCAAUUCGAGUAGAACCGCAGGCGAAAAACCGGUUGACUUGAAGCUGAGAAUGAACAUGAUGGACUUGAUGUUGAGAGAUCAUGAUGAUGAUGAUCAAGAUGAUAAUUAUGAAGAUGAAAGGAACAAGUUAUUAUAUUGCAAGAGAAGGUGUUUGGAUGAUGAUGAUGAUAAUAAUAGAGAAGAAGUUGUGGAUGGCUCUUUGGCUCUUUGUUUGUCAUCUUCAAGAUUAUCUAAUUAUUAAGUUUGCUUUCUAGUUAAAUUUAAAUAAAUUCAUGCUUAAUAUAUAAGGAUACUUUUAGAUAGAGUUCAUGCCAUCAAAUAAAUAUAAACAUCUUUA